AUGCCUCAAAAUGAUUACAUCGAUCGGCAUACAAAGCUUCAUGGAAAAAGACUGGACCAUGACGAACGAGUCCGAAAGCGCACCGCGCGAGAGGCCCACAAAGUCGCAAAAGAUUCACAGAGCUUCACCGGGCUACGGGCGAAGCUCUACCAGAAGAAGAGGCACCAUGAAAAGAUACAGAUGAAGAAGCAGAUCCGGCAGAAGGAGGAGAGCAAUGUCAAAUCGGCAGGCCCCCAAGAGCCAUCCUCUACGCCUUUACCUCAAUACCUACUCGAUCGGAGUCAGCCUAGCAAUGCGAAAGCAUUGUCGAGUGCGAUCAAGAACAAGCGGAAAGACUCGGCGGCGAAGUUCAGUGUGCCGUUACCGAAGGUGAAGGGGAUAUCGGAGGAGGAGAUGUUUAAAGUGGUGAAGACGGGGAAGAAGACCGCUAAGAAGGGAUGGAAGCGAAUGAUCACCAAGCCAACAUUUGUUGGACCUGACUUCACCCGUCGAGUGGUCAAGUACGAGAGAUUCAUACGGCCGAUGGGUUUACGAUACAAGAAGGCUCAUGUUACACACCCCGAGCUCAAAGUAACCGUUCAGCUCCCGAUCAUAUCAGUCAAGAAGAAUCCGCAAAAUCCCAUGUACACACAAUUGGGCGUACUCAGUAAAGGCACAAUAAUCGAAUGUAAUGUCAGUGAACUAGGGAUGGUAACAGCAGGCGGCAAAGUGAUAUGGGGCAGAUAUGCUCAAAUAACCAACAACUGCGAGAUGGACGGCUGCGUCAACGCAGUCCUGCUCGUAUGA